GCGCUGAGCUGACUCGGUGAGCUCUUCCAGAUCUGGAGGUAACAGGCCGUACCGGUCCACGCAGACGAGGAGGUCUCCCUUCCGGCGGUGACAAAGCGCUGGCCAAGGUUUCAGUAGGGGAGGCUUCUCUUGAAUGGCUUGUUAGCUUUUUCCGUGCGCAGCGUAGGUAGCAGUUUCGGAAGGGAGACGACAAAGGUGCGGACGAACGCAGUAGCCGUGCGCGUGGGAAGGGAGCUGCACGUACCGUGCCUGCGUAUUCUGCAGAGCGGCAAAAGGCUGGAGGCAACUUGAGAAGGACGAGUCGAACACUGAAACUAUCACAACGCUUGUCUUGGGAGAGCGGGCUCCGAUGGGAGCGAGGAUGCUCAGGAUGCCCAGCUGUCUGCUAAAACUGACCAGAGUGAUGCUGAACCACAGGCUUGGGGCCCUGUUUAUCAUCGUCUUUAAGUUCUUGUCCUUUGCCUCCAUCCUGUUGUACUGGAGAAUCGUGGAGGACCCGAAGGGCAGGGGCCAGGUGUACAGCUUGCCUGUUGAGAUCCACUGUGCUCACUCUGUGCCAUCUCCCCCCCGUGCCGCUGCUGGUGGGCCCCCUCCUCCCCCGGGGGACGUGUUUUUUGUGGAGACCUCAGAGCGAACCAACCCAAACUACCUGUUCAUGUGCUCUGUGGAAUCGGCAGCUCGGACACACCCUGGGACAAGGGUUGUGGUGCUCAUGAAAGGCUUGGCAAACAGAAACGCCUCGCUACCCAACCACUGGGGCUUCUCAUUACUGAGCUGCUUCCCCAAUGUGGAAAUCCGGCCCCUGGACUUGCAGGAGCUUUUCUCUGGGACGCCCCUUGCAGAGUGGUAUUUGCAGGCUCAGCAGCGCUGGGAGCCUUAUUUCUUACCCAUCCUGUCUGAUGCCUGCAGAAUUGCCAUCAUGUGGAAAUUUGGUGGCAUCUACCUUGACACGGACUUCAUUGUGCUUAAGAACUUAAAGAACCUCACCAAUGCACUCGGUACCCAGUCCAAGUAUGUGCUGAAUGGGGCCUUCUUGUCCUUUAAACCCAAGCACAAGUUCAUCGAGCUUUGCAUGCAGGACUUUGUGGAGAACUACAACAGCUGGAUCUGGGGGCAUCAGGGCCCACAGCUCCUAACACGUGUCUUCAAGAAGUGGUGCUCUAUCAGGAGUCUUAGGAGCAGUAGGAGCUGCAAAGGGGUGAGUGCUCUGCCCCGGGAAGCUUUUUAUCCCAUCCGGUGGCAGGACUGGAAGAAGUACUUUGAAGUGGUCAGCUCCUCAGAGCUUCAUCAGCUCUUCAAGAACACCUAUGCAGUGCAUGUAUGGAACAAGAAGAGCCAAGGGACGAGGCUAGAGAUCACAUCCAAGGCUUUGCUGGCUCAGCUACAUUCUCAUUUCUGCCCUGCCACGUACGACAUCAUGAAGAAGGAUGCUGGGCGGCAGUGACUCAAGGGUCAGCUAAGGGACAUCACCUUGGAGCCCCAGCCCUGAAGCUGUUCCAGCACAAAUGAACCUUCUGGUGAAGAGAGGCAGUGGGAAUUGAGAAUAAAAGCCAUUUGCACGGGGCAGAGGUGGAGCCCAUAGUUUCAACUGACAUGUGCCGCUCUUUGUCUUGACUUUAACUGCCUGGCGGCAACAUUUUGUUUCUGUGCAGGACCUUUCUGCUGCUCUGCUUGGUCAGAUAGAGAGGUCUCAAGAGGGCAGUGAGGCCUGGACCACUUGUGGCAGCCUCUGUCAGCCCCUUUCUGUGACUGUAAACCUGGAAGGAGCCUUUGCAGAAAUGCUCAUCUCAGUGUCAACUCUCAGGACAUCUCAAGUGCAGUCCUCAAAGCAGUGAAGGUGUGGGAGACCAGAGAACAGGAGCUAAGGAGAGAGCUAAAGGUACGCUAGAGAAGGUGGCCUGAGAAAGAUGAGCAGGAAGAUGGAGAAGAAUGAAAGGAGAAGUGACUGAAGCAAUUCUUUUUUUCUCUUCAGUUCCCUUCCCUUCUGAAGACUGCUUGGAGGAGGGAAGUGCCUCGUGCCCUGUUUGAACAGGGUGCAGGAUGCUGGAAUCUCUGUUUAGCAUUGUAAAUGUAAAGACCUGCUUGGAAAUUUGGAGUGAAUCAGAAUUUGAGGAUUUGGCCAGCUCAUCAAUUUGCAGGAGCUUAUGGGCAGCAGUGUUUUAUUUUAUAGUGGUGGUGAAUUAACACCCUGCAAUGAGCAGGAGAGCUCAUCUGAAUCACACCUUACAUUGAACCUGACACAGGAAGAGUUGAACUAUCUUUGACAUUGAGUUUGUCUGUGUGACCAAAUGCCCAUAACUGUGUCUAAGCUGCACCAGAGCUUUCAGCACUUGGACUGACCCUGGAGGGAUGAGAUGAUAUUUCCAAGUAUUUGCAAGGAUACAGAGAGCUUGGUGGAGAACCUGUACUAUCUAAAUUCAAGUUCAGGAGCUGAGUUGUUUAUGGAGGACCUCUUCAAGUAGCCUGGAGCACUCCUGCAAUUCACUGUCCAGGAGUACAAAUCUCUCCUGGGAGUUCUUGAGAAAUGCAGUGGAAAGCUUUAUUCUUUUUCCUCAAUUAUAUUCCUGAACUGUGAUGGAGAAAGCUAAUUCAUCUCUCUUACGGUCCUCUUGUGCCUUUGGGGGUUCCCACCACAGAGGCGAGUUUGUUGGACAAUCCAUGGGAGAAACUCUGUCCCUUCCUUUGGUGCCCAAAGGGACGUAUUGAUGCUCUUACACUUCUCUGUUUGAAAAUGAUGAAGAAAGAGCAGUGAGAAGCAAGAGUAAGGCAGAGACCAUCAGCCUUGGCACAUCUGUACCCCACCAUGAUCCAAGGGGGAUAGCUGAGGCACAUGAGUUUGGCACUGUGAUGGGGUUGACAUGGAUGAGCAGAGCAUCAGCCAUCCCCUCUGCUACACUGCUCACAGAUGAUAAUCUCACUGUAAAAUCUUUUCCGCCUUUAGUGUGUGAGUCUUUGUAUCCCUAGGAACAGCAGUCAGAUGGUCCAAUGGCCCCUUUGAUGACCAGGCAUUGGUCAGAUCUCCAAUGUCAUCUGAUCCUGAAGUGAGAGCUCUUUCAGUGGUGCUUCCUGCAAGUCCUUCAAGGGCAACUCAGAUGAUUUCUAGGACUGCAGUUUUCUCAGACUUGUUUCCCCCUCUGUUCUGCUUCCCAUCAGACAUAAGCAAUGUGAGGUUUGCUCAGCUUAGCCAAGCCGACGGGCAAAAAAAGUAGACAACUGUGCAUGCAAGGACAUAAUCUCUCUUUGUGUCUCAGGUUUAUUUGCCUCUUCUUAGAUGACAAAAACAAGAAAGCCAGAUUGCCUGUCCCUUUUAGAAAACAGUUCCCUGUCCCCCAGGGGAAAAGGCUGUGGGUGCUGAGGAGCGCUUGCACCUUUUGGAUUUUUUGUUAAAUUGAGCUGUCUGCUGUUGACUGAAGGCCGAUGUUGCUUUGAUUGAAAGUUAUCCACCUGUAAGUUGUGCAGGGCAUGCACUUGGUGCACAAGCACCUACCCUGGAAUGGGGAAGGUGCUGGGAACCACUCCCCACCCACCCACCCGCUUGCCUGCACCACAUACGUGCACAUAUGUAGUGCUUCCUCUCAGUCCUGCCCUGCUUUAUGCUGCAUCCUGGAGAUACUUAGGAUCUUGAGUAUCUGCAGCUCUCCCAACACUGAGCAUCUUUAAGAAUGAGGACUUUGUGGGCAAACAGCACAUCUUCCUGACCAUCUAAGUGUGCUUUACCACACUAAGUGGUAAAAAUGGACACUGUUUUCACUGUCUAGUUUACUGUUGCUACUCUCUGUUUUUUCGACUGCUUUCUUUAGAAGCAGCUGCAAAACUGUCAGCCCUGACCUGGUGUGUGGUCAAUGGUGUGUCUUACUGCUGGUUUGUUCUGUUUUGGGACUCAUGCGGGCUAAACAACAGAACUCUUGGCAAGCUAGGAACCCGUACCAGGGAUAGUAAAGUAACGGCUGCUAAUUGUAAAGGCAAAGUAACAGGAAACUUUACUGUGGCAAUACCAUGAACUGAUUACAGAAGUGUUUGGGACCCACUGCAAUGAAUAUCUGGCUUGAUAUACCACUGCUUAUUCUAAGAAAGUGCCUUUUCGCAUAUGUGUAGUGGUUUCUUUUUGUUUUUAUUUGUUUUUUUCCUGGAGAAUCAAUGUUCAGAGGUUUGAUAAGGAGAGGAUUGAACCAAAGCAGCCUGUGGCCUUUUUCCCUUUGCCUUGUGAGAGAAAAAUAAAUGCUGUUUUUACUAUUUCUUCUUUCUACCAAAUGUUCCAUUUUGUUCUGCGAGGCGUUGGUGGCAGCUCUGAACAAUCUGUUAGUUAUUAUGCAGAAAAGUGUUGUCAAGUUGUAUCCUCAAGUGACUCUAAAAUUAGCAGUGUGGAAAGAACUUGGGGUGAGUUUGACAUAAGCACAUGUGGAAGGACGGCUUUGGGGACCCUGGCUACCGUGUGAUCUUUGAGACUUGGGGGAUGGUGCAGGGGAAAGCAUAGUUCUGGUUCCUAGUCCAACCAGGUAUCAUCCCAUCCGUCACAAGCAGUAGUCUAUCUGAAGUAAGCCACUCUGGACUUGCUCAGAAGAUUUGGAUGUUGUGGAAUAGGAAAACUCCAAGAGUGAUUGUGUUGCUUUUUCCCUGGUGAUGGACUAGAGCUUCCCUGAGUAAUGACAGUGCCUGUGCUCUUGUAGACCUAAAAGUGGAAAACUGUUGCUGCUGCUAUCUUUUCUUCCACCCUUCAUAGCUUUAUCUAAAAGCCCUGGAGGCCAGAGGAGCAUUUUGAGAGUCUGUGAAAGGACCAGUGGGCUUUGGUGUACAGAGGAGUUUUCUUGUGACCCCUUAAGUCAAGAGCUAGCUUCCCCUGGAGGUGUACAAAUAUUAAACUGUUUAUACAACUACUAACUGCCUGUGCUCUCUUCAUUGCUGACGUGAAGUCAAGGGCGGUGGGAAGUGGUGAGAAGGUGCUAGCUGUUUCUUGCCCUGUCUCCUGUGCCCUUGAGCUCAUGAAGGUGAGCUGGGGCCCAGGUGUGCAGUACGGCAAGGAGAGAAGCUGGGAGUUGGGUUGGAGACACAGAGUAGGACAGUGCCACAGAAGAGGAGUAAGGAAGGAUCAAUAAUGUCAUCCUGGACCUGGUCUCCUGGAAAAGACCAAAUGUUGGUAGGUGUACAAGAAGCAAGAAAAUACCCUUCACAAAGUGGAAACUGUGUCCAGGGGAAAAUUAGGCAGACUUGUAAAAUCUGGCAAGUUUAAUAUAAAAGCACUAUAAGGCUGUUGGGAAAAAUAAUUUGAAAAAGUUUCAAAAACCUACUAACAAAUUUCCAAAAGGUAAAGCUACUAACAUUUUUCUUCUUUUUCCCAAACAUGGAAGGAAUGGGAAGUCUGCCAGAGUGGCAGCAGUUCAGUAGAAGAUGCUGGAUUAAGAAGGGUGUUCACAGACCAGUCUGAAGCAGAACCAAAAUGAAUUUCUGUAUCUGGUUACAGAUGGGAGGAAUUUGGGGAUGCUUUGUUACACUGUAAUCCCUGUUUGCUACAAAUGCAUGCCAUGAUCCCUUGCACAUCACAGUGUCCAUGGAACAGAUGUCAGGACUGAAUGAACAGACAAAUGAUGGGACCUGAUGGGAUGCACGAGUGCUGAGGGAGCUGGCUGAUGUCAUUGGGAGGCCACUCGUUUUUAGCUUUAAAGGUCAUGGAGAUCAGGGGAGGUGGAAGGAAGCAAAUGUCACCACUAUCUUGCUGAUCUUCAAGAUGGACAAGAAGGAAGAUCCAGCGAAUUACAGGUUGGUCAGCCUCACCUUGAUCCCUGGGAAGGUAAUGUAGCAAAUCCUCCUGGAAGCCAUUUCCAAACAUACUAAGGACAAGAAGGUGAUUGGGAGUAGUCAGCAUGGCUUUAUGAAGGGGACGUCAUGCUUGAUCAACCUGAUAGCCGUCUAUGAGGAAAUGACCAGCCAAGUGGAUGAGGAGAGAGCAGUGGAUGUCGUUUAUCUCAGCUUUAUCAAGACCUUUGACACUGUCUCACGUAACAUCUUCAUAGACAAGCUGAUGAAAUGUAGACUAGAUACAUGCACAGUGAGGUGAACUGAAAACUGACAGAACUUCUGGGCUCAAAGGAUUGUGAUCAGCAGCACAAAGUCCAGUGGAGGCCAGUGGUGUCCCCCAGGGGUCAGUAAUGGAGUCAAUACUGUUUACCAUCUUCAUUAAUGACCUGGAUGAUGGGACAGAGUGCACCCUCAGCAAGCUUGCAAAUGAUGCAAAAUUGAGAACGGUUGUGCCACCACUCAGAGGCCCCUCAAUAGACUGGAGAAAUGGGAUGACAGGAAUCUCAUAAAGUUCAGCAAAGGGAAACGCAAAGUCCCACAUGUGAGGAGGACUAACACCAUGCACCAAUACAUGCUGGAGGAUGACCAGCUCAAGAGCAGAGAAGGCCCUGGGGUCCUGGUGGACAACAGUGGGUCUGGGAAGCUACAGACCAGUAGGCCUGAGAUUUGUUGCGGGCAGCUGAGUAGAAACUGUAGUAAACCCUAAACCUGGUGGAUGUAUGCAUAAAGGUGGUAUUUUGUGAAUGAGUCAACAUGGCUCAAGAAUAUCAGGGAGCCAGCAAGUACAGGGACAAGGAGGUACUCUUUAACUAAAUAAGGGCCACCUGAAUUUGGAGAAGUCAUUCAGUGAAGUAUCUGACAUAAGAGGGAGGAUUCCCAAGUAGGUGUGUAAUUGGUCAGAAGAAGCCUGUGUUCAAAGGAGUAUUCAGGACUGGGGUCUUGGCGUGAGAGUAAGGAGUUCUAUGAAACUGCCAGCUCAGUUCUCAUGACAGCCUCCUGGACAGGGUGAGCACUGGAAAUUCUUAGCAAAGGAGUAGAAAAGAAGACAGCAACUGGUUUCCUGCCACAAUAUAAAGCUUAUCAAUAGUAGACUCCCUUUCUUGUCUCGUCUCAUCUGGUCCUGCCUUGCCUCGUCUCAUCUCUUCUCUUCUCUUUUCUCUUCUCUUCUCUCUUUGCUUCGCUUCACUUCACUUCGCUUCACUUCACUUCCCUCUAUUCUACUCUAUUUGUAAUUAGAUGAGUUUUUCAGUUUGAUUCACACCAUAGCUGCACAAUGCAUGUAUCAGCCACCAUAUUAGAUGCGCAUACGAUGUCACAUCCUCUUUGAUAAGCUUAUUUUCUCCAUCUGUUCAGACUGCCACCUUUCACCUUUUCAGAAAAAGGAAGUGCAAGAGCACAAACAUAUAGGCACUCUCAGAGAUAGAAACCUCUUCAAAAUCCUGUUCAGCCAAGCAUCUCAGAAGCAAAAAAAAGGUAAGUAAUAUUUGCAGUUUCUGUGCAGUGGGACUUGUGUUUUCAGAGAAACGUAGAGCUAAACUUCCUGUAUAUGUUCUGUAACAGAAAUGCACUGGCUCUAAAACGUUCUUUUAUAUCCUAUAACAAUGGAAUUUUAUUUCUAAAUAUCUAGAAGUGUGACUAUAUUAAAAGCUCCUCUUAGUAAAAAUAUGUGCGUAGCCUUGAGGCUUGCUCACUGUUAGAUCAGAGCUGUGCUUUUCUGCCUUCUCUACAGCAGAGGUCCUGUCCCCUCAGGCCUGCUUUCUCUUCUACGGUUUACUAAGCUAAAAAUGACUUGCAGCGUUCAUCAGGAUAUAAUGUGGAGGGGGAGAGAAACGGGUGUGUAAAACAGGGUACUUUUUCUGUCUGUAACACCCACAGUAUGUGUUGGCGUUUUUCUGCAGGAGAAGAAAAUGUUCUGGGAAUCCAGGGAUAUUGCUUUCCGUACUGGCUGCCUCUCUGUCCCGAAAGCGCCAGUGCCCAUGGAGAGCAAUGAGUCCAUGCUGCUGCAUUUAGAAACCUACCAAGGGAGGCUACGGCUCAUUUUCUGGCUAGGUGGAGAGUUUGGUUUCUGACUCAGUUCCAGUCACCAGAGGUGGAUGGCUGAUGGGCAGUGCUGGCUGGGUUUUCAACCUAUUUCCCUUUCUCUUGGGUUACACAGUAAAGGUUUUUGUGUUUCCUGAAGCUCUCUGUUCUGGGACAUGAAGAUGGUCCAUCUCCCUUUGGAUUCAGAGAGGGAGCAGAGGGAGCUGGGAAAAAUGCCACAAUCCUCCCUGCUGCUUCUGCCUCAUUAUGCGUGUGUGCUUUCGGGCCUCCCUGGUGGGUCAGGAUGUGCUGAUACUGCUUUCCUUCAAUUUGAGGGGAGGCUAGAGUAGAGUAGCUAAUGCUAGUGCUGGGAGCAUGUCUGAAAUUACUUUUUUUGGUUGUUUUUCCUGACUUGUUAAAAAACUCCCCCUUCCCCUUUGGAGGAGAAACAGAGGAGGUAAGGGUAGGGUGCAGGGGGAAUUGCUCAUCAUCCUUGUCUUUCACGUCAUUAGACAAUCCCACUGGCAGAGCUGAGCAAGUCCCAGACACUCUUGGCAGUGACACAUGGAUUAGCCAGCACCAUCUACCAGAUGAAAUAGAAGUGAGGACUUGGCAAGGGAAGAGGGAUGGGAAGCAGGCUUGAACUCUCCUUAACCAGGCAGUUCUUGUCAUCUGCACCCGCCUCCAAAGCUGCCUUGUGUCAUUCUCUCUGGAAGUAGGUGUGUCGUUACCUAAAUUGCACACCUGAUAACCCCUGAAUAACGAGUGUUGCUGUGACAUCUGAGAAUGCAUUUUGGCUGCAGAAUACCAUUUGUCCAGACUGCAGCUGAUGUAAAACAGUUGGCAGACUGUCAGUGAUUAGGAAAUAUUUUCCUGUGGUUUAUUUGCCUCUUAUUAUUAGAUAAUAAAAUAAUAAAAGAACGGGCAGCCCAUAGUGAUAGAGCCUGAAUUUAAUUUACACCAAAUCUUUUCCUCCCAGCUGGAAUUGUAAAUUUUAUGACUAAUUCAUUUACUCCUGCAUUUGUAUUUGAUUUCUGAGACCUCGCUGUGUUGUCUCUGUCAAGAGUGCAGUUUGACAUUGUGAACUUUUUCUUAGCCUUAUGUAUUUGCUUGAUUUUAGAGGGGUUCUUCUGUAGACGCAUUUCCAUCAAAUGUUAGGAUUAGGCUUUGAAAGACCAGGUUAAGGAAAGAUACAGGGUGCUCAAAUGUACUGCUUGUCAUGCAUUUCUUUAACUCUCAUUUCAGCCUGGAUUCCAGUUGCAUACUGGAAUCUUGACACCUCUAUACAGUAACUUGCCAUGGUCUGGAUAGGGAAAAAUGAUUCAGUCAGCAAUGGUAUGAUCUUCUGUUUUAUGUCUGAAUUAGUUUUCUCUGUCAUUACUCUGUGCUUUCCAUUUCUUCACUACAUAGAAAUUCCACUGCAUUUGCAGGGCAGCUCUUCUCCCAAGAGGAGUGCACAUACCGGCAACCCUUUUAGGAGUCACAGCAGCACAUACCUGCAUGCGUCCCAGUGGUGAAUGUGGCAGAACAGCUCUGUGGUUUCUAGACUCGGAUCUUUCUUCUCUUAGCCUCCAGUAUUUUUUCUACAAAAACACUUCCAAAAAUCUAUUUGUAUUUUAUUGUACAAUUGACAGAAUCCUGGAGAGCACUGUCCGUGGGCGUAUUUCUUGAUAAAAAGCUUCCUGUCAGAAGCGCGUGAGCACAACGAAUGCAUCUUGGCGAGGUUAACCAUUUUGGCCAGCAGCCCACUGCCUGUGCCGGUCCUUCAAAACAAGCUGAUGAUACCAGCCUGCAACAGGAUAAAACCCCUACUGCCUCCUGCCAAGCCAAAUGCAGCACUUUGCCUAGGAAAGCCGAGAGGGUGAUGCCUGUUCGCAUUUGCCGGAUGUCAGAAUUUGCAUCUGGCCCCUGGUCUCAGACCCAGAAACUCACUUGCUUGCCACCUAACAGAGCUGGGGUAGCAGAAACAGCAGAAGCCUUUCAAUUACCUUUGUAUUAGUUUUUUGUGCCUGUGACAAAGCAGCACUUCUGUUUCUCGCCAGCACCUCUCUCCUCUAAACCUGUACCACCCUGGCUGUAUUAGGAUGGCUGGAGGAGGGGGGGAGGCAGAGAGGACGGGGGAGUGCAGGAAGCCUGAUGGCCACACCGGAGGAGGAAAGCCCGGGAAAGGCAGCCUGACCUCUCGGCAAGUGGGCUCCGGGGGCUGCUCAGUCAUCCCACCUCCCCCCUUCUCUGGAAUAACCUGGCUCUGGGAGCAGUUCAACUGUGGUAAAUGCUGGUUGAUUCACCACUUCAUAUUUGACCUUUUUUUUUGUUGUUCUCUUGUGUUUUAAUCGCGUUUGAUUUUUUUUUCCAGACUGUGCUGUUUUUCUUGGAAGAGCAUCACUCUGAGGCAAAGAUGGGAUGCCUGUGUCUGUGCUAUCUUUUUGGCAGACUCCCACAGCCCUGCCUCUUUCUAAAGGAUGUGCUCUUUGUGGAGACUUCGGAGUGAAGCAACCCAAAUUUCAUCUGCCUGUGCCCCCUCAGAGGGGCGGCCUGCAGUCACCUUCAGGCCAGAACAGUGAGCCCCCUGAAGCGAUCAUUGCCAUGCCAAAUAGGAUCAUUUUCCAUGCCAAAACGGUGUUGUUUGCCUCCACUGAGCUGCUUCUCCAGAGAGCAAAUCUGGCUGACAGACCUGGAUGACCUCCUUUUUGUCUGACUGGCAUCCACAUCCUUGGUGCAAAGCAAGAGCUGCAUUUCAUAGCUGUGCUGUCCAACGUCCAAUGCAGUGCAAUCAAUUUGUGCAAACCCGCAGGCAUUUAUGUAGACACUGGUGGCAUCUUUCUUUGGACUUUAAAGAACCCCACCACCGUGCUUUGUGUCCAGCUUGGGGAUUUACUGACUUGCAUCUUUCCCCUAUUAAACCCAAAUUCACAUGCAUGGAAUUUUACGUGCUGGUUUUUGUGUAGUUUUAUCAGGGCCUGUAUCAUUCAGCUUGUGUUUCAAGAAGAUGCAUUGUCAUGGGUCUCCAAAUCCAAAAAAGCUGCAAAGGACUCAGUGCUGUUUCCAAAGCAGCGCUUUAUUCCACUUUUGCAAAACUGGAAGAAAGUGCUUGAAGCAAUCAACUCUUCUGAGUUCAGUGCAUUCUUAAGAAAUGUAUGUGCGACUUUUGACUAAGUUAGAUCAAGGAGACAUUGUUAUAAGUAGCUUGUAAAAUUUUGUUGCAUCAUCUUUAAUCCCAAUAUUGCCUUUGUAUAUAAUAAUAAGGAAGAAUUCAGCAACUGUGUAGGUAGAUAAACUGAAGAAUCUAAAUCUUCAGUGAAAAUGUCCACUAGAAAGUUCAUUUAACUAAGGAAAAUGUUUUUCCCAGGCAGCAUGAAACAGUAGCAUGUAAGAUAAAUGCCAGGUUGCCUGAAAAAGCUUACAGUACUAACUGAGCAACAUCAAAUCUACCAUCCUGGCUUUGCUAGCUUGUUCAUAUAAAAUUGCCUUUGUGUUACUGUGCUUUUAUAACAGGACAUGCAGAAUAGAAUAACUGUUACCCCACUCCGCUUGGUAUAGCCCAACAGUCAGAAGACAAAAGCUGCGUUUUAUCAUUAUCAUACUAUAGAGAUCUUAGGCUACAGUUUUACAGUAGCUUAAAGCCAGUUUAAGGACUCCCAGGACCAGGUCGAAAACAUAGGCCAAGAAAGUUUUGCCAUGUUAAGUUCAUAUCCACAAUAGGGAUUUGUGGUAACAAAGUGAUAUCCACACCAGAAUAUGUUUUGCAUUCUUGUAGCUAUGAGAGAUCUUUUCCUGCAGACCUUUUCAUCAGUCCUUUCCUACCAAGUCAUUUACACGUCAUUUUUCACCAUCCAGUACUACGUACUAUGAUCUGAACUGGAGCCGGGCCAGUACCUUUGAGGUGGAGGAAACAGUGCAGCAGUCCCUUUACUGGCAAGGUGCUCAGUGAAGCGAUCCGUCGGUAUGUUGCUUCACGCUCACUUCCCUGUGGGAUCCUAAGGAUCUUAUAACGGUGCCGGACCAAGCAAUGCUCCCUACUUCAUCUAUCCACUUCCUCUGUGAUCUUCCCAUCCAUCCCUUCCUAUAUGAUUCCUGAGUUAGCUCAGCAACAUACCAAUUAGUCUGCUGCUCUCUGGCUGUUUCUGGCCCUGGGAACUGCUGCUUCUAACUAUUCCUCAUAGGAAUGGGAUGGCGCAAAAAGGACCUGCUGUCACCAGAGCUGAUCCAACGAGAGAACAGAAACUAGAGAGGGUAGAUCUUACAUCCUUUAUGGGAAAAGUAGGGCCAGCUGGAGAGAGAGCAAUGCUCACUUUUAUUCUUCUGCUAAGAAAGAUUUGGCAUCUGGAAAAAAACAGACCUCUGAGGACAUGUCCAUGAACUGCAGCUGAGAGCACGAUUAAUCUACAGCAAUGAAAACCUAGCACCUGGGCAGAGACGAUGUCUGUGAUGAGAGAGAAGUCCGCAAAGCAAGCUUACCUUGUGCUUGUGAAUGCCUCUGUCUCCUGCUCUGCCACUAAGAUAUCUGCCGAUCUUCAGACAGGAAGGUGCCCUCCUAGUUUGUGUCCAAAAAGUUGUUGGCAUUGGCAAGCUGAUAACAAGGUGACCAGCUAAGCCUACAUAAGCUACAUGGCCUCCUUCUGCUGGGCAAGUGAGCAGCAGAGCUAACUAUGUGCCACGUUUGGCAUCUAGCAGUUUACAAGUAAAGCUAGCAGCAUGCUGGAUACAGGUCUUUCUGAGUUAGCUCUUGUGUCAUUUCAGGACUGCGGCUGUUAUAGCUUCAGAAGGGCCAUUACCCGAAUGAGGGCUGGGAACAGUUCCAAAGAAAUUCUUAAACCCAGGUGAAAGCUAAUGCUUAGAACUAGAGAUAAGACUGGAACUGGAAGUCCCUUGUUCUGGUACAUUUCCAGCAACCCCAACCAGUCCUGCAAGUCCAGAAGGAUACAAAGAUAGCACCGGGGCAGAAAGCUCAAGGGUGUACCUGAGCUCUGACUCACUUUCUCACCCUGUUGCCUUGCGAGGCUGCUGCUUGGAGCAGGUUCAGCAGCUGGUGCCAGUCUGUUUCUUGAACUCCUGCUGCAUGCUUAAGGGCGAAGGUUUGUCUGGGCUGCAGGCACUAACAACUGUACUGCUGUGCCUGGCUCACCCCCGCUCCCCCCUCCCGGCAGUGACUCGUACGCUCCUUAUCACGCAGCACUGUGUCUUGCCACAUACUCAUUAAACUAGAGGUACAUUAGCUCUUACUGCAAAAGGAGCCAGAUGUCUUCCCCUGUGGUAUUUAGCCUUGUGAUUACCACUGUCUUUACUUUUCUAGAGCCCAUCGACCUGUAUUAUCUGUACAUAUUCAAAAUGGAAGUCUAUCUGGCGUUUUUCAAGAGCAGACGAACAAUACAAUAUACUAAGUCCUAAUAAUGUGUUUUCCAGGAAAUAACUCUCACAUGUGUAAGAGUGGUGAAGGAGAGACUUCAAGCAAAGAAGCUGAGAAAGUUCCAGUUCUUUGUAAUUUCAUGUGAGGAUGAACAAGUAAUGAGCUACUUCCUUGUCCUGCACUUCAGUGGCGAUAUGAUACGUAGAUACUCUAAGUUUAAUAUUUGUUAUUCAUCCUGGUAGGAGUCUAAAUUCUUGGGUGACAGCUGAGGUACUUUCACUAUGAUGCUGUAGUUUAAAUGGAAUCUUUAAAAGCGUAAAAAAAGAAUAUCAAGUUGGUGUUUCCUCUGUGAGCAGUUUUAGUGGGAUCAUUGCCAUUUAGUUAUCAUAUUUUCAAUGGAUUUUUCAUAUACUAAAAGAUUUUAGUUUAAAGUUCAAGAAAAAGCAACAAAGAUGAUAGCAGCCCUAGGAAAGCAGCUCUAUUGCCUUACUUACGUGCUCAUAUUUUACCAAAAUGGUUAAAGAUGGAAGACAGCAAAGAUCAAAUCAGGUUCCAACUAAGACUGCAUAAGCUGAUUUACAGUAAUCAGUUCAUGUUCUCAUAGCUCUAAUGCACAUAGAGAAUCACGAAUAGAAAUCCGGUUAUGAGGUUAUCACUGGAGAAUGACCUUUCAUUAUCCUAUGUGGAGAGAAUUUUAGGAGGACUUUUUUUCACUGUGCCCUAGCCAUUCACUGCCCUUUGUAGAAGGGGAAAUCACCUGACUAGUACAGGUCACAGACUCCAUAGGCUGUAGGGUAUUCAUAAAUCUCUAGCUUUGGGCCUGGGUUAGAAGAGACGUGGCUUAGAGCCUAGAAAGUCCAUGGGCUCCCUGUAAGGAGGCUCAAAGCACCCACUGCUUUGUUUUGUCAUUUCCUCCUUUUUCGUUUUCUGCUGCUAUGAAAUGUUCUCAAGUACGUUUCGGUACUUCUGUUUGUUGUUUGUUUCCUCAUUUACAGUAAGGCUGUUCUGUCUAACAACUUCACCAGGAACUUGUUGUUUCUUUUUACGAAAUGCUUAAAGGUCACACUGUCCCACAUUAGUUUCAGAAUGACAUGCACCGAUGGAAGGAAAAGAAGGUGCCUCUUUAUCAAAACUCAAGGCAAUAGCCUGUGUUCAGCUUCAUUUCUCAGGUUUUUUAACGUGCAUUAUUGUUGUCACACAUUAUCAGAAACAAAGCAGCAGAGCUGCAGCUCUAGCUCAAAAUGUAUGUAUGUGCAGACUCUUGCCAGAUUUGCUCUUCAUAUGAGUUGGACUUCCUCUGGAAGGCAUCGGGAAGAAGCACACCACACACUGCUGAGGCAAGAGAGUGAGAAAAACACAUUUCUUCAACAAGGUCUCUGCUUAAAGGGGGAUUUGAACCCAGCAGCUAAGUGUAAAAUGUGAUGCAAACCUCCCUCAGUCCUUUGGUUCUGGCAGAACAAUCCGUCAUUGACUGACUUGAUUUUACCAGGCCCACUUCAGGCUGGCUGCAGAGCAGAUUGCCUUCCAGGGAAGAAGAAAAAAAAAUCUUUCCAUACAUACAUUCCCCUCAGGUCAAUUCUUCAUAACAGUGUUCUCAGCAUUUGUUUAAAUAUUCAGGAGGCUUAAAUGGCAAAGAAAAACGAAGCUGUAAAAAUUCUUGAGCAGCCUUGAACUAACAGCUUGCAGGCCUGAAAAACUGAAGCUACUUCUAGAGUCUGUCAAGGUGAAGGCUAGUCAUGAACAACAAAAACUCUUCUAGGUUGAACUUAGGUUUCAGGCAUUGUUCCUCACAUCCUGAAGCUGUGUACUUUUUUAUACGGAGGAAUUCAAGGAAUUGGGUGUUUGUUUUUUUAAAGCAGGAGAGCUCACGUCCUUGUCAGUGCCCUGAAGUGGCUGAUAAAAGGCAGUUGGUCCGAUAGUUGCUGCUGCUGCCCUCCUGUUGGAGCCCAUGUAGUUAGUGAUCUACAUCCUGGCUCCCUAUUCCCAUGUCUAGGCCUCAGACAGGCCAGCGAGGCCAGUGCUUAAACCCAGGAAUGGAUAACCGGUUCUUGUGAAAUGAUGGGAUUUGUCAAGCGCUUUCCCCAGCUCUGCUGUUCUCUCUGUCUUUUCCACGUAUAUCUCAUUUCAUUUGAAUCAAGGGGUUAUGGGUUUUGGUUCUGCGCAGCUGAAGUGGGAACGAGUCAGUGAGGUUUGGCAUCCGCAUGUAGUAUCCUCCAGACUGGUAGAGAGGGUUAGAGCACUGCUCUCCCCAGCUUCUGCUUCUGUGAUCGUCACUUCUCUGCUGUCACAGGAGAGAGGGUUCAGAGAGUAAACUGUGCAGUACAGGAUUUCUCUCACUCCAGCUCUGAGUAUAGAAGAAUGCUCCUCUGUGUCUUGUCCUUUGGUUGGAUGGGGUAGGGGGAGCGAUAGCACAAGCUUAUGGGAAUUGUAUGCGAAUUACAUGUUAAUUCUCAUGGAAAUUACAUGACGAUUACAUUAAUUCUCAUGGGAAUUACAUCUAACACUGCUGUGAACCUGUUACCCCUUGUGUGCUCUUCCCUUUCUGAGGCACUUACCUAAAGGGAGGGAACAUAAAUUAAAGGAGACUGAGGAAUUUAACAGGAUUUAAUGCUCUGCCUAGGGAUUGCCUGAAUGACCCUACCUAGAACUUCUUUGCCCAAGAGAUGUUUGGAAGCUAAGGUGUGUUGACCAUACCCUGUUUAUGAGGAGAAGCUGAGGGAGCUGGGCUUGUUCAGCCUGGAGAAGAGAAGGCUUUGGGGGGGACCUGAUAGCAGCCUUCUCAUACCUAUGAAGACGCUACCAAGAAGAUGGAGCUAGCCUCCACUUCUUCAGCUUCACCACUCCAGGGUGCAUGGUUGCAGGAUGAGAGACAACAGAGUUACUGGAUAUAAGGAAAACCUUUUUCACCAAAACCCUGAGCAGCCUGGCCUGAUUUUACAGCUGACCCUGCUUUGAGCAGGGGGUUGGACUAGAGACCUCCUGAGGUCCCUUCCAUCCAGAAUUAGGCUAUGAUCCCAUGUUGUUUUUUAUUCAGUUGGCAUUCAAGAUGGAGGAAGCAUCUUCUGCCUUUGGAUGAGGAAGAGUCAGCUCUGAGUUUUCUCAGAGAGAGAACAGACUAAAGCCACUGAAGUGCGGAAUGGGUUAACUGCUUGAUCACAUAACUGCUUCCAGAGCCUGCACGUGAUGUAGGAUGGUGCUAGUGGAAGGGCUGCAGCUCUAAGAGUCAGCUAGUUCAUCUGCUUCUACACAGGUUAUAUUUUAGGACUCUGUCACCUACGUGUUGGCAUCCACUGCUUGUCAAGCUGUUCAGUUCUGUUUUAGAUAUUUUUCUAACACUCUCUUGACUCUGUCACCCAGGCUUUAUAGUGUGAAAGGAGCAGCUUCUCAACAUAGCACUGUAAUCCUCUGCUCUUUGGGCCACUUUUUUUGGACAUCUUUAGCUGUGCACUUGAAAGCAGAAUUAUAUACAGUACAUAAUUACUGGCUAAUACCUAUAGUAAAUAUGCUACUAGAUGAGGCAUUAAUAUGGUCACCACCCUGGUGCAGGCAGCUGCCGAGUCUCUGCCGGCAGGACAGUUGCCAGCCAGAACGUGAAGCCUUGGCAUCCAUUACUCUUUGCAAUGGGCCAUUCCCUCUUGCUGAGUUUACAUCUUCUGACUCUGGUUUCUCUCUCUUUCUCUCUCUCCUUUUUUUUUUUUUUUUUUCUUUUUUUUUUUUUUUCAAGUUACUGAUUCAGCAGUUUCACCUCUGUCUUUGUUCCUGCUUACCUUAUUUUGCAGGCUGUAAUUUACAUGUUUUCUUCCUUAAAGCACAGCAAUGAUUUUUCUCGUUAAAGCUGAGCCAAGGUUACACAUUAAUGCAUCACAAAACUAGCCUUUGGUUCACAGAUAGCUGAGCUGCACAAUGCUGGGCUCUGGUUUAUAGUCUUCUGCUUGAUAGCUGGAUGUCUUUUGAUACUGAGCCAUUGUUACACUCGGUAUUAGGGCCUAGCAGCCACCAACAGGAUUCAGUGUCUUAGUGGCAACACUUACGUUUAAAUUCCGUCUUGCCCUGCUGCUAGGGUUUGUUCAGGGGCUACUUCUUGCAUGCACUGCUCUGGUGCACCAUAGCUAACAGCACUUGUAACAUUAGAAGAACUAUGAUACGGUGAAACUCAGUAUUGAAAAGGAAUUGUGUUAACCUUUGGGGACUAUCUACCACUUGCCCCCCAAACCCACCUCACGAGUGAUGUGGGGUUGUAGGCUGAACUUUAUUUUGACUUUGACUAUCCUGUGUCAGGCAUGCUGUAUGAUGGGCAAAGUUUCUCCUCUUGUUCUGCAGCUCCAGCUGCUUGAGAUAUAAAUAUAGGUGCUGAAGUGCUACAUAAAGGUGGCCAGGAUCUAUUGCUAGCUUAAGCUUAUUAAACUUGAUAUUACAUUAAAUUUUGUUAGAAAGUGUUGCAUUGCUAGCAUUGUGUUAUAACAACUUCAUGCAUAUGACAUAUGUUUUGUUAGUGUGGAAUAUUUGUUCUUCACUGACAGCAACAUUUUUAUACAUAUCUUCCUCUCACAUCAAUAAUUAGAUUUAUUAUACCAUCUGCGUGGAGUACCUAUUGCCAUGCAUCACUAUCACAAUCUAUACAAAUUUCAGCAGUUUGUAGUAAUAAUUGUCAUUAUUGUAUUUGUAGUACAACUGUAGCUUAGGGAUAGUCCGUAAGGGUUUCAACAUCUGGAAAUAUCCUGUUACUACUAGAGUCAGACUAAUAUACCCAUAACCACACAAGUGCAAUGUGACACUAAUACAGAUUUAUUAACGAUAGUGCCAAAAGCCAACAAUGGGAUAAGUUUAUGACUUGCACAGUUCUCUGUAAACAGUUGUAAUUUUCAUUUGAAUUUGGUUUUCUAGGACUGUAAAGCUCAUAACAGUGCAGCUGUUUGUCAGCUUUUGUAAUCACUAUCUUUAGCUCAUUUUUCAUUCUGAGAGUGAAAUUCCAUUAUAAAUUCACAUGCCACAAUUCUCAAAUACCAUUUUCACUGGGUCCAAGCUAAUACUAUUGAAGUGUUACUGUACGAGAAAAUAACAGCAUCUGCUAGUAUUUUUUGUAUUUCAUGAAGCUAUUGAGCAAGCUCACUUACUUGAAGUUGGGAAUGCCUGUUUUUUUGUAAGCUGUUAUAGCUCUGUCUCAAUUCAUUCAAUAAAUUUCCUACUCUAUCCAACUGUAA